UUUCUCAUCACAAUUUGGCAAUGGCCUUCCCUUCUUCAAUCCCACUCUCUCUCUUCAUUUUCUCUCUCUUACUCCCUUCCCUCAUUGCCUUCUCUCCAACUCUAAAUGAUCCUGAAUUAGUAGUACAUGAAGUUCAUAGGAAAUUGAAUGAGUCGAGGAGGAGAUUGGGAUUCCUGUCCUGCAACACCGGCAACCCGAUCGACGACUGCUGGCGGUGCGACCCCAACUGGGAGAAAAACCGUCAGAAGCUAGCAGAUUGCGCGAUCGGGUUCGGUAAAAACGCCGUCGGGGGUAGAGACGGUAAAAUUUACGUGGUGACCGAAUCGGGCAACGAUGACCCGGUCAACCCUAAGCCCGGAACACUCCGUUGGGGUGUCAUCCAAGAGGAGCCGUUGUGGAUCAUAUUCGCGCGCGACAUGGUCAUCCAAUUGAAGGAGGAGUUGAUAAUGAACUCGUUCAAGACCAUCGACGGUAGGGGCGCGAGUGUACACAUUGCUAACGGACCUUGCAUUACGAUACAAUACGUGACGAAUAUCAUUAUACAUGGCAUUCAUGUGCAUGAUUGUAAGCAAGGUGGGAAUGCUAUGGUGCGGGACUCCCCACGGCACUACGGGUGGAGGACCAUAUCGGACGGUGACGGAGUGUCCAUCUUCGGCGGGAGCCACGUAUGGGUGGACCACGUGUCGCUAUCGAAUUGCAAAGACGGAUUGAUCGACGCAAUUCACGGGUCGACCGCCAUUACCAUUUCGAAUAACUACAUGACUCACCACGAUAAGGUCAUGCUCUUAGGGCAUAGCGACUCUUACACGCAAGAUAAGGGCAUGCAAGUUACUAUCGCCUUCAAUCACUUUGGUGAAGGACUUGUCCAAAGAAUGCCGAGAUGUAGACAUGGAUAUUUCCAUGUGGUGAACAAUGACUACACCCAUUGGGAGAUGUAUGCAAUUGGUGGGAGUGCGGAGCCCACCAUUAAUAGCCAAGGCAAUAGAUUUCUUGCACCAGAUGAUAGAUUCAGCAAAGAGGUGACCAAAUACGAAGAUGCGCCCGAGAGUGAAUGGAAGAAUUGGAAUUGGAGAUCCGAAGGUGACCUAAUGUUGAACGGUGCCUAUUUUACCCCUUCGGGAGCACGUUCUUCGUCGAGCUACGCUAAGGCGUCGAGCCUCGGUGCUAGGCCCUCAACCCUAAUUAGCUCAAUCACCUCCGGCUCUGGCGCCCUGAAUUGCCGAAAGGGCUCCCGUUGUUGAUCGAAAUUACCGUUAUACCCUUGCGACGACGAGGCCUUGUUGUUGGAAAUUAUAAAGUUCAAACAUGGGAAUGUGCUUUGCUAGUAGUUAGAAAGAAAAAAAUUAUUGCAAGGACCACAUAAAUAUUUUAUGGGGCACUAGGGUUUCUUUUUUAAUUUUUUUUUGGUGGGUAUUUUUUUCCACCAUUUUUUUAUUUUUAUUUUUAUUUUUGAACUUUUGUUACUUUUUUGACUAUAUAUUGUCAGAGUACAACCUCGGCCUUGCUAAUCCUGAACCAUUGGGAGCUAUGUUGGACUUUUGUAAUUGGUUUACGAGAAAGCAAAUGCUGCAGUGUUGAUUAUAAUUUAUAAUACUAAAUUAAGUUCUUUUUAUAU